AUGUGCUUAAGCAAGAAAAAACUGUAAUCGUUUUGGUAGUCUGAAACCCAAUCAAUAUUCGCUCAUUCGUUUGGUCCCCAGGUCAGGUGUCGCUUUCGUGAAAUCUAGGCAUUUUGUCGCUACACUUCCUUGUGCGGGGGUGUGUGGUGGGUGCAACUUUUUCCACGGAGGAUUGCCUGGGACUGAGACUUCCAGUAAGUGUUUUGAAACACGCCCUUUUCACUUCAGUCAGUGAGUGUAUUUGAGAUGUAGAAGGGAGAACAACGUUGAGCGUUACAGUUUCCUUGACGAGCUCUACGCAGUCCGCACACUUCCCAAGAAAAUACAACAUGUUCGUGUUCUUUGUAGCUAGGUUAGGCUGCAUAUCCUAAAACAUCUACCAGCGAAGAUAACACACAGGCCAAGAUGCUGAAACUUGCUUUCGUAGUGAUUGUCCUGGUUUUGAUUGAAGGAUCGUCUUCUCGGCACAUUGAUGUGACGUGUGUCAAUGACUUCGAUAGAACAAUGAUGUGUGCAUUUACACCGGAGCAGUCUACCAAUUGCUCGGAGUACUCUCUAAAAAUAGAGUUUAAUCCAGACGAACCACUACUAAAGAGAGAUUAUGGCUGCUCUCUUAGUAGUGUCGGUUGCGACAAAUGUUGUUGCACUAUUGACGUUGAGGUUGGCUUUUUGCACGGUGAAGACAGUAAAGUUACCGUGGAGAGAAAUGGAACACAUGGGAAACACAUUAUCAACACCUCAAAACACAUAAAGCCCAAAACUCCAACAAUCAUAAGCGUGAAUCUAACAGCAGAUGGGAAUACAAAUGUGACAUGGCUGACCCACUAUGAAGGAAAGUCUUUUUUAAAAGAUUUAAAGACUGAACUUGAAUUUAAAUCUAUGAAGGCUGGCGAAUGGAACAAAGUUACUGAAGAAGCCAUUCAUAAAACACAUUAUGAAUUUAAUAAUUUAGAACCAAACACAGAGUAUAUUGUCAAAGCCAGGGUCAAGGCCAUAAUCAAUGACGAAUCUCACUUCAGUGACUGGAGUCAAGAGGUUCCAUUUCUCAGUGGCAAUGUUGAAAAUGUUACUAAGAAAGUUGUGCCAGUCAUAUGUCUGAUCCUGAUCGCCAUCGUUUGUACAUUAGUCUGCUGCUAUGUUAAAAUCAAGAAAAACAAGGAAAGUAAGGAUUCAUUUUCUCCAAGGAUUGAAUUAAAUUCAAUUUAUCUCAUCGGGACAGAACAUAAGGUAGGCCUACUCUGUCCAGAAUAUACUUCUACAUCCAGGAUGGAGGUGUUUAUUCCAAAACAGCACAUCAUUGAAGAGGAGAAAAGCAUAACCUCCAUCUCAGUUGGUAGUAGUGGAAACAGCAACCUUAUUGAAAGCAUAAACUCCAACUCAACUUCAGUGGAUUAUGGGUUCGUUGAAAAGGAUCAGAACCAGAUCUUGGAACGGCUACUGUCAGCUGUCCAGCAAGAUUUGGAGCGAGUGCGCCAGGCCCAGUCAGCUCCAGGGACAAAGCCCUUGGUUUUACAAAGCCUCUCUGACUAUGAAAGUGUCGGCAUGCAAGAGUCAAAGAAAGCCUGUAGCCCCUGCUUAGCCUCACAGAGCAACUCAGGGUCGUCUUUUGACAACCGGUGCUACUCCGUCCCCACCAGCCCUUCCCCUUGCGAGUCCUCUUUUUUUGUGCCGUCAUUGUGCUGUGACCUUGGCUACCAGUCAAGUGAGAGUUUUGGCCAGCCGGUGUUGAUGGAGAUGGAGGGAGGCGAUGUUCUUUUGCCCCCACUCGUCCCAACAGAACUUGCCUACCGACCUUGUGAUGGCUGCUUGAUCGGUGAGGCAGAAUGUCCCCCCCGGUCAGAAAAUGUGGAGGCUAACGGGAGCUUUGUGAAACCCAUGGGACAGGGUGUGAGCAUUUGCAUGGAUCGGACUCUGCAGGGCAUUGAGGAGGAGCAGGGCUGUGCACAGCGGUUAGUUUGUAGCAAGACCCUGUUUCAGCCCUGUCCUCUUCCUCUUGGGGAGUGCGGCCCACUCCUAUGCGAUGAUGAAUAUCGGUCUGUGCCGAAUUUGAUUCCAAGCUGAGAGGCACAAGCAUGCACGUGGAACAGCACCUUUUAUGGGGAGGUAUUUAAUUUAAGUUUAGAACCAUUUUCUGUGUGUGUGUUGUUUGUGUAUGAAUGUUGGUGUGUGUGCACGUUUGUGUGCUAGUGUGUAAACAUCUGUGUGUAUAUACACGUGUGUGUUUGGAGGAACCUGUUUUCAGCCCUGUCCUCUUCCUCUUGGGGAGUGAUCCCUAUCUCAAAGGAUUGUACCGUGACUUUUGAUCUGAAUAAUUCAUUUGUGACAUUACCUGCGUUCCUGCUGAGAUGAAGAAACCAGUUUGAGUUGCCUGAGUACUGUUGUUCUGUACACACUAUUGCUAUGUCUGCCAAAGCCAUAUAUAUAGUUUGAUAAUAUCUGAUAUGAUGUUUACCCACUGUUGAGAACUAUCUGUAAAUAUGAAUCUUUUGUUUGUGUUGACCUUCUUCAUACAUAAACGCAGACAGCUUCUUCAUACAUAAACGCAGACUAGUGUCAUUGCAUUCCUUAUUACAGAAGAUGCACAUUCGCAGCUCAAGAACUUUAGUGUGUUU